AUGACACCUGCCAAGCCCUCAAUGUCAACAGAUACUGAUAAUUCUACAAACAGUGAUGGAACGGAUACUAAAGACUUCUUCAAUGAUAUACUACCGUCCACAACUAACUAUUUGAUUCUCAUUGGCUCAUCAAUAGUUGGAUUUGUUCUCUUGAUUGCAAUUACUCUAAGUUUUUUUAAGCCUUUUGACGGACCCGAUGUUCCUAACUGUAAAGGUGUUUACAUGUCUCCUGCUUACGCCAAAGUCCAUGCGUUUGAUUCUACACAUACCAGAUUUGCUUCCAAAUACUCGCUAUACUUGUAUAGAGAACAGGGUAAAGAUUCCAUGCCAGGAGAGUCCUCGGAAUUCUAUUUAUCCGGUACUCCCGUGUUAUUUAUUCCUGGUAAUGCGGGUAGCUACAAACAAGUCAGAUCCAUAGCUGCUGAAACUGCAACCCAGUUUUUUGACAAAAGCUCUUAUGUUACAUCCCAAAAUUCGAACGCCAAUAAUGUGGACUUCUUUACUGCAGAUUUUAAUGAAGAUUUUACGGCAUUUCAUGGUAGAACCAUGUUGGAUCAGUCCGAAUAUUUAAAUGAUGCAGUUAAAUUCAUCCUGUCACUCUAUGACUCAAACUCCUCGAACACCUCUCCAACAUCAGUCAUCCUACUGGGUCAUUCAAUGGGUGGAAUUGUUGCCAGGGUAAUGUUGAGCCUGCCCAAUUAUUUGGAGGGUUCUGUCAAUACCAUUAUAACCUUGUCAACCCCGCAUAAUGCGGCGCCUACAACCUUCGAUGGUGAUUUGUUAAAUGUUUACAAAUUGACUGAUGACUUCUGGAGGAAUGGUUUUAGUCAUGACGUAAGUACCCUUUCCACUAAAAUGGCCACUAUAGCAAGAAGAAGACUAGAAAAUGUUUCCUUGAUUUCUAUUACUGGUGGUGUUCUAGACACAACACUACCAACUGAUUAUACUUCAUUGACAGGCCUAGUGCCAUCAAAUCAUGGGUUUUCAGUUUCCACAACAGGUAUCCCAGGAGUGUGGACUCCUAUUGAUCAUUUGGCCAUUGUGUGGUGUGACCAAUUGAGGAAAGUUUUGGCAAAGACGAUUCUACAAAUAAUAGACGUCAACUCACCAAGUCAAACAUAUCCUUUAGAAAAGAGAAUGGAAAUAUUCAAGUCUAAUCUAUUGCCUGGUUUUGAUAAGUUUUUGGAUAUAAUGAAAUACACCAACAUCCAACACAACCUACCUUUCAAGUUGAAGAUUGAUUUGAAGCAGCUAAAAGAUUCUAUUAAUGAGCGGUUUUUCCAGCUACCUCGAAAAAACGCAAAGAGAGAUAUAGCAGGCUUUCCCCCAAUUCAUUUGUUCAAUAUUCCUAGAAAAGAGAGCUCCAAGUUUAAUUUUAUUAGUUCGAUCAAACCCACAAUGAUUGAUAAAAUUACUUCUUCGGUAGAAUUGUCACUACUUCUUUGCCGCUCAAUUUUAAGUGAUGUGGGUAAGGCUAGUGCAAAACGCAAUUUUAGGAAGGUGUUUGACUAUACAACCGAUAUAACCCAGCAGUAUGCUGAAUUAGAAUGUAUUGAUGUCAGUGAGUACAUUUAUGUGGUUCCUAAGUCAUAUUCCAGUAAUAACGAACAUUCAAAUGAACCAACCGAUGUCUAUUAUUCUUUGGAAAUUCCUUCGAAUAUCUUAUCGUAUUUUUCAAGUAUUGUUAUUGUGGAGCCAAAGACUAUAUUAACAGAAUCUAGUGAAAAUUUUGUUCUGGCAGAUUUACAUUCCGAAAGUUCCAGUGCUUUGACAUUGGGAGACUCAAGUUUAUGGAAAUUGAUUACAAGGGGUAACGAUUUGACCAUUCCUGCACACCGGCCAAUAAUAAUUGAUAUUAACGUUCCCUCAAUGAAGUCAAGUUUGUUGGCUUAUAGACUAGACGUAAGGUAUGCAAAGUCUAGCAAUGAAAAGUUUUCGCCUCUGAUUAGUCAAACGAUCAAAGGUGAAACAAAAUGGCAUAUAAAUAUUGACGAUGAUAAAAUAAUUACAUCGAUCAUUAAUGGUGACUCUCCUUAUACACCAUUCAUUGUUGAUGAUCCUGAGUCUCAUACUAGAUUUAAAGUCUUUAGUGACUCGUUCUCAUCAGAUCAACUCAUGGAUAUCUAUAUAACAGUUGAUUGGUUCCAAAGUCUGAAAUUACUGGUUCUAAAGUACAGGUUAUCUGUUGUCGGGUUCCCUCUUUUCUUCACGCUAUUGGUUAUCACAUUACAGUUUCGAUAUUACUCUAAAACAAACUUGUAUCCUUCUUUCGGUGAAACAAUGCUUUCUGUGUGUGACUAUAGAGUUGUUACAGGUUUGGUAAUUUUUUUUUCUUUCUUGUCGAAACUGACAUCCUCAAAUUCACUUUUCAACAAAUUCAUUGAAUUCAUGGAUCCGGUUGAAAGGAAUGAAUUACAUUUGAUGGAAAAGAUUGAAAAUGCCGAAGUUCGUCUUAAUGUCAGCUUUAUGAGCAUCGAGGAACCGUCGUUGUGGUUCUAUGGAGUUUUUGUUUUAUUUAUAUCCAUUGGCUUGAACUUUCUCUUGUACAACUUGAUCUUAUUAGUAAUCAAAUGUCUCAUUUAUCUAUCAGAGCUUGGGUUGCUUCAGGGAAUAACUUCAAAUAUCCAUUCAUUUCCUAACCAAAGGAAGACAAUAGGUAUAAUUACAUUGCUAUUUCUCGUGUUGCUCUAUCUACCUUACCAAUUUGCAUUUGUGGUAUGUGUUUUAACUCAACUGUUCUCAACUUUAAAAUUAUUCUUGAGCAAUACCAAAUUGAACUCUUACCAUACUUCAUAUAAAAAUUUUGAUGAUUAUAAAGGAAAAAAGGACAGUGUACCAGAUAAUGAGUCAAAUGAAAAGGCUGUCGUUUCUAAUAAGGCACUAUACUUUGUCGAUAACUUUAAGAAUUUCAACUUGUCCUUAUUAAUAUUGAUGCUUUGGUUAGUUCCAAUCAAUGUUCCAGUAUUGGUUGUUUGGCUGCAUGAUAUUUCACUUAAAUGGAGAACACCUUUUUCUUCGCACCACAAUAUACUAGCAAUUCUCCCUAUUAUUUAUUUAGUUCAGGCUUUAAACCAAGGCUUUAUGGUACCACGACCAACGAAAAGGUUCAAUGUCUUUUUCACUAAAGUGAUUUUGUUCUAUUUUGCAUUCUACUGCCUUUUUUUUGGAACUAGACAUCUUUAUUUAUUGCAUAGUUUAUUUGAUGCAAUAUGCACGUGGUUUUUAAUCUUGUACAUUCAAGGCUGGGGAAAUGGAUCGCUGGAAAAUAUAAGGACCAUAACCAUCAUCAAAAAUGAAACAAAAAUUCACUGA